CUUGCCAUUUGGGGGACUUCUCUCACGUCUCUCUAUCUUCCCUUCUUCUUUCUCUUUUUAGCAACUCUCUUUCCUCCCCUUUUUUCCCCUUUUCCCUUUUUUAGCACAAAAACCCUCUUCUUAAUUUCUUUCCUCUUCUCUCUAUCUAUCUAUAAUCACAUAAAAAUUCCCCCCAAAAAAGAACAUCUGUGUGUGAGGAAAGAUUGAAGAGUUUUGUUUUGGGUUUUUAAUUUGAGGGGGGAAUUAAAGAAAUAUGGGGAGAGGGAAGAUAGACAUAAAACUGAUAGAGAAUGUAAAUAAUAGGCAAGUGACAUUCUCAAAGAGGAGGGCUGGCUUGUUGAAGAAAGCCAAUGAGCUUUCUGUUCUUUGUGAUGCGGAAGUUGCUGUUAUUAUUUUCUCCAGUACUAGCAAGCUUUUCGAGUUUUCCAGUACUAGCAUGAAACAGACGCUUUCGAGAUACCACAGAUGUGUAGCCUCAACAGAGAUUUCUGCCAUAGAAAGGAAGUCAGAGGACAACCAGCAGCCACAACCACAGGCGCAGCUACAGACGCACAUGCAGAAGCAGGAACAGAAAGAGGUGGACAGUCUUAAAGACGAACUCUCAAAGCUCAAGAUAAAACAGCUGCGGUUGUUAGGCAAGGACCUUAAUGGUUUGGGUUUGAAUGAACUACGGCUGCUUGAACAUCAACUAAAUGAAGGGCUAUUAGCCAUAAAGGACAGAAAGGAAGAAUUGCUGAUACAGCAACUAGAGAAUUCAAGGAGGCAGGAGGAGAGGGCUGUGUCGGAGAGUGAAACCUUACGCAGACAGGUAGAAGAGCUUCGAGGGUUAUUUCCUCUAAGUGCUAGUUUACCUCCACCUUAUCUUGAAUACCAUCCAUUGGAAAAGAAGUAUCCAAUUAUAAAAGAGGGCGAGGAGAGUCUGGACUCGGACACAGCAUGUGAAGAUGGAGUAGAUGACGAAGAUUCCAACACAACCUUGCAAUUGGGGCUUCCAACAAUUGGUCGAAAGCGAAAGAAACCUGAGCAGGAAUCUCCUUCAAGCAAUUCAGAGAAUCAAGUCGGCUCAAAGUGACUAAUGUUUUUCGGGACUCGUCCCCUCCUUUGAUAGUAGGCACAUGUCAGGUCAAAUGAUAUUGAACCAGUUUUCAUGUUAAAAACAGGUUCAUCUAAACCGUGAUUUUGUCAAGGACUUAAUGAUCCCUUAGAUGGCUUGAGCAAGAUAAAUAUGCUGGUUAAUUUUUGAUUUUGGACAAUCCCUUUUGAUAGGGUGUUUAAGAUGGAGAAUAGAAGAGUUCAGUUCUCCAUUUUUACUGAUUUUUGGUGCCUAGACCCAUUCACAUCUCCCCUCUCAUGCUAUUUGUUUCUUGAGUUAAUGGAAUGGAUGUUCUUGGUCAUACAUUUAUCAGUCUUUUUCUUGUGUA